AUGAGGCUCCCAUCUGUAGCAGAGGUUCUUGUCGCUAGACAGGCAGCUGGUUCUGCGGGUAUUGAUUACAACGCACCACCACCAGUCCUGUCAACUCUUCCUAGCGGCUCCCUCUUCGAAACCUGGAGGCCAAAGAUUCAUGUCCUUCCGCCAAACGGUCAGAUUGGUGACCCAUGCGCGCAUUAUAACGAUCCCGCCACAGGAUCGUUCCAUGUUGGCUUCCUUCAUAAUGGAACUGGGAUUUCGGCCGUUCAGACUGACGACCUGGUCCACUAUGUGGAUGUCAAUGAAAAUGGGAACUACACCAUUGUUGCUGGGGGCCCCAACGAUCCGCUAGCAAUAUUCGACGGCACUGUUAUUCCAAGCGGGAUUGAUGGCAAGCCAACUUUGCUUUACACCUCAGUCUCAUCUCUCCCUAUUCACUGGACUCUCCCUUAUGUUCGGGGAAGCGAGUCGCAGUCCUUGGCCGUGACCUACGAUGGUGGGCAUAACUUUACCAAGCUGGAUCGCCCACCAGUCAUCCCAGUUCCACCAGAGGGGCUCGAUGUUACUGCUUUCCGUGAUCCCUACGUCUUCCAAAAUAGGGAUCUGGAUAACACCGUUGGUAGCAGCCCAGGGACCUGGUAUGCUACUAUCUCAGGUGGUGUCCACGAUGUCGGGCCCGGAAUCUUCCUCUAUCGCAGCCGGGGCUCUGAUUUUGAGGACUGGGAAUACCUUGGAGAAUGGUGGAGUGAGCCUGCUAACUCUACCUGGGGCAAUGGUGACUGGGCCAAGGUAUGGGGCUAUAACUUUGAAACCUCAAAUGUGUUCAGUCUCGACGGAGAGGGAUACAAUGUCAAUGGCGAGACCUUCAUCACCGUGGGUGUCGAGGGCUCGUACGCCCCAAUCACCGAAACAGUUAGCUCACAACAUGGCAUGCUGUGGGCGUCCGGAAGUAUUUCGACACCUGACGGCGGAAAUGUGACUUUUAAGCCUACUAUGGCCGGUGUCAUUGAUUGGGGCAUAUCCGCAUACGCUGCAUCAGGAAAGGUAUUGCCAGCAACAUCUCAAGCGUCCGAGAAGAGCGGUGCGCCCGACCGGUUUAUCAUAUAUGUGUGGCUGAAUCAGGUUUUUGGAGCCUCUACGGGCUUUCCUGAUGAGCAACAAGGCUGGCAAAACACUCUUCUGCUUCCGCGUGAGUUGACAAAAAAGACUAUCAACGUGGCGAACAACGAGCUUGUGUGGGAUACUGGCUCGUGGCGUGUGGAGAAAGACGGCGAAAGCUGCGCCAAGCUCGAGACUAUGGGCAUUGACAUUGCGCGGGAGACGUACAAGGCAAUGAAAUCUACGAACUCCUUCAAGGAGCCGAAGCGCACGUUGAGCAGUGCAGGUAGUGUCCCCUUCGAGCGUUCUCCCACCACGAAGUUCUUCGUUCUCGAUGCCCAGAUUUCCUUCCCGAAGCCGGCCCGUGAGUCUGGAGUGCAGGCUGGAUUCAAGAUCCUUUCCUCGGAUCACGAGUCUACAACUGUUUACUAUCAAUUCUCGAACGAAUCUAUAGUCAUUGAUCGAACCAACACGAGCGCAGCCGGACUGAACAACCCUGGAUUCGACGCUUCUGCUGAAUCAGGACGCUUGCGACUAUUUGAUAUUAGAAAGCAUUGCAACGGUGGGAGUUCCGAUCAUGAUGAUGAAUAUGUUGGGCAUGGUAAGGGCAAAGAGCAUGAUGGCCACAAAGCUGGCAGUUACGGUCACCAUGCCAAGCAUAGCAAAUCCACAACAGACGAUGAGGAGAUCGAGACCUUGGACCUCACUAUUGUUGUCGACAACUCUGUUCUCGAGGUUUAUGCUAACUCACGGUUUGCACUUGCUACUUGGGCUCGGACUUGGUAUGCCAACUCGACUGGAAUUAGCUUCUUCCACAAUGGCGUGGGUGAAGUGUCUUUCAGCGAUAUUAGUGUCUCUGAUGGACUCUACAACGCCUACCCCGAGCGGACGAGAUAA